AUGGCAAGCGGGGACGAGAGCGAUGUUGGUGGAUCAUCUACAAGACCGAACGACGCAGAAUCAAGACGUCCGUCAACGACAAGCACGCAAGGCUCGACGGCUGAUCCAGAACCAAGUCAAAAUGAUCGAGCUUCAGGUUUCUUUGGAAGUCUUAGGACGAAUCGGAGUUACAACCCUCUCAGCAAGGACGAUCAACUGAUGGGUAGAGACUGGCCACCGGAAGGACCCAGGCGAGAAGUGAGAGGUACGGCAGAACCUCUAGCUUCGAUGAACAUCCGCGCACCUAGGAGAAGAAGAAGCAGUGCUCCGUCGAGCGCAGGACGUUCAAGACAAGACGUCGAGGCUGGAGCUACAGUAGAGAAUGAUCGUGCAGGAACUUCAGAUUCAGACACUCCUAGACGUCCAAAGGGUCCUCGAGAUGGUUCACAAGGCCCACCUGCACCUCCUUCAAGCCCAGCAAGCGAUGCUGAUGGUGUAGCUGAUUCUGAUGGUUACCCAACACAGAGUUCAAGAGAGAACAACAGGAGUAGAUUUCGAGCUGCAGCACUGCUACCUGGUGAUGGUGAUGUUACGGAUUCGGACGACGAGGACGACUUUGAUGAUAUUCAUAGCCCUGUCGCGCUUGCCGACUUUGGCAGGGAGACAAGUAUGGGUGAAAUAGACUUCAACCAACAACGUCUCCCGAAUACAUCUCAUAGAAGAUCAAGCGAUACGCAACAACUAUUCGGCAUCGAAAGUAUAAUUCCAAGCAAGGCUGACGGUAGCACCGGAUCGUCAAUUCUGAGCAUCCGCUACGACGACCACCAACGCCCAAACUCAUCAUUUCCAAACAAAGGUUAUGAUAUGAGGGGACUUUCAAGCAACCGUAACAACACUGAACAGUUUGAUGACUCGAAUUCUCGCUCACCUUCACAGCACGAUAACAGUGGAAGUCUAAAUUCGAGCUUUGAAAGUAGACAACAACCGUCUACUCGUGAAUCGCAAACCAGAACUUCAUCUUCGACGAGAGCGUCGAAUGCUCAUACAUUGGCGUUUGAAUCUAGGGAGAGGGAUCGCUUCGGAUCAAACACAUUCAACGAAAGUCGAAUCAAUAGGGCUCCAGGUCGUGCACCAACACAAAGCUUCGCUGCUACGAGAUCCAGUGGAUCAGAGGAACAAUUUGGUGGUACUGGUCGUAGAGCUUCGAAUCAACAGUCUCGACCUCCACAGCUUCGAAGUCAGGCGACACAUCAAGGCCAGGAUAUUGGAGCAAGUGGUGCUGCAGAAUCUUGGGAUCGAGAAUACCCCACUCCUCCAAUGGCUACACCUCCGAUGCCUCCUCCUCCAAUCCCUACUCCGCCAAGAGUGAGAGCAUUUGCGAAUUUCCUUCAGCAACACGCCCGGGUGGCUCGCAAUAUCGAGCAAGCAUCGGAGCAGGGACAAGACGAGCAAAAAUCUUCCGAACAAAAAGAUGCCGGUGAUGGUGGAUAUCCAUGGCGGCUCCCAACCCAGGAAACCACUCUACCAUCGCCACUUCCCGGUAGCCAAGCAGCGGUACGGCAAGCAACAAGAGCCUUGCACAAUAUAACCACCAGUAACGCUGAUCUGGCCUUGGUGAUUGCCGAGUCUGAUAAGUACAGACGCGAACGAGAACGUCGGCCGCUUGAUAUAUCCGUCAUUGAGCGAGCUCUUGGAGAGGCAUUUAAUGAAUUUGGUCGAACUCCAAAUUCGGAAUCACCAGAGAUCAGAGUUGAUCCUCCAACACCACAGCCAAGGGCUUCCACUUAUGGCACAGGCCCUGAAUGGACGCAAGGUACAGGCCAGCACCGUAAACGACCCAGCAGCGUGGCAUUCUCUCCAGCAUCAAAUCUACAGCCGCUUCGAGAACCUGCACCGUUCCGAGCACCAUUGGAAGGAUCGGGACAAACACAGGGGUUAGGAAUAUUUGAUAUGCCUAGUGACGCGAGUCAACAGACUGGGCCAUCAAUUGACAGGGCUGGUAGGUUUAAUUCAUCUAGAGGGCCAGGGAAUGGUUCAAGACAAGACUCUCUUCUCGCGAACACAUCCGAGCGAAAACGCCACGCCAGCACACAAGGCAAUCGUGCCAGUAUGACUGAUUCAAUCAGAGAGCCAGAGAGUAUGUUGAGACGGAAUGCUCAACAACGAAGACUUUCCAUCGACACGAGAGCAGCUGGGAGAGCCAUGCAGUCCCACCUCAGUUCUGACGACAGGUCGUCGCGAGGUAGUCUUGGAAGGAACCAAGAUACUGCACCAAGUUCUCGGGCAGGAUCAAACGCUCAUGAUAUGCCUCCUCCCCCUCCACGUGGAACCACCGGUAACCAUGGGAGGUCGACGACUCAAGCUCAACGUCAAAGCACAACUCAACGUCGGAGCGUCCCUUCUCAAGAACAGUCGUCUACUUCAGAAGCCAGCGGAGGUCCACGUCAAAGCGCAAGUGCUCCUCCAAGACAGUCUUCCACUUCGACUACCAGGGCAGGUCCUCACCAAGAAUCGAUAUUGCUAGAAGAUGAAAGCGAAGAGGAGUGA